AUGAAACAACAACGCGAGAUAGAGAAGGAGAUAUCAGAGACUAUACCGCUUGUUGGUGAUCUUGAACCCCUAUCAACUUUAGAAUCGGAAUACACUGAAGACCCUAUAUAUCUAUUAAAAGUAAAAGACCUUUCCUCCAAGUACAAAUAUAUUAGAAGAACGCGUCCCGAUGGAAAUUGCUUUUUUCGGGCAUUCUCGUAUGCAUAUUUAGAACAUUUGUUAACUGAUAAAAAUGAGUACAACAAGUUCUAUGAAAUAGCUAAAAACUCAAAGGAAAUUUUGGUUGCAUUGGGUUUUCCUCAGUUCACAGUUGAAGACUUCUAUGAGACGUUUAUGGAAGUAGUUCAACGGGUUGGCGAGCAAGCUGGAGGCUCACCAGAAGCAAUAGAGCCAGUACGCAGUGAACUGCAUCAUAAGUUUAACAAACAGGGUUAUUCUGACUAUAUCGUAGUAUACCUACGUCUUGUGACAUCUGGGCAGUUGCAGACACAACAUGACUUCUACCAAAACUUUAUUGAAGGCCCUCGAACUGUUACCGAAUUUUGCAGACAGGAAGUAGAACCCAUGUACAAGGAAUCUGAUCACAUUCACAUUAUAGCACUGAGCAAUGCACUCAAUGUAGGCGUAAGAGUUAAAUAUAUGGAUCGUGGAGAAGGGAGCCAGGUAAUAGCGCAUGACUUCCCCGAAGGCUCGAAGCCAUUGGUGCACCUACUGUACCGGCCCGGACACUACGACAUUCUGUACGCGUGA